ACGUCCCUGUGCCUAAUGCUGCAGUGGGUGAAACCUCCGCAAAACGUGAGCCUGUCGAAGGAUUUUUAUACAGCCUGCUAUGGUGAAUUCCAGCCUCGGCAGCAUACCAAGGUGGAUGGAGCAUGGACUUGUGAUUAUUGUGAUAAUCUUGUGUUUAAUGCAUUUCGAGAUCAACUCAAAGCUUUCGAACUCGAUGGUGUCCAUUUCACUGGUGAGGAACUUGGAGAAGGCUCUUAUGGAAGUGUAGAAGUUGUAGAAGUGGCCGGAGAACGCCGUGCAGCAAAAAUCCUCCAUGAAGCUUUAGUAGAAGCAAACUCAAGGUUGCCCAACCAGAGGGCUAGAGGCCAUGGAUACCAGCCAAGAUCUCUCAUAGAAGCCUUCACGACCGAAUGUACGCUAAUGAGUGAAGUUUGCCAUCCUAACAUUGUUCGGUUUCUGGGUAUUUGCUAUCGUAGGCCGGGGGAAAGUAUCCCAGUCAUUGUUAUGGAGCUGCUCAAAACCUGCUUACACGAGUUUCUUCAAUCCGAGACAAGAAAAAACGAAGUCAUACCGCUUUCAAUAAAGCUGUGUAUCUUGUUGGAUGUCUCCAAAGGCUUAGUACAUUUGCAUAGCCUGGAUAUUGUUCAUCGUGAUCUGACGGCUCGCAACAUUUUAUUGAGUCAAUCUCUCACUGCUAAAAUAGCUGACCUGGGUAUGGCACGUUUGAUUGAGUUAAAGCCUGGCCGACACCAAGCAACAAUGACAAAAGGUCCUGGAAAUGCCAACUACAUGCCACCAGAAGCCAGAGAUGGUGGUCCGAUGUCAGCCCAAUAUGGCAAAGAAAUCGACUGCUUCUCCAUGGGCCACCUCAUUCUGUUCACUACCACACAAGAAUUUCCUGAGCCACUGUAUCCAACUUAUUUCGAUAUUCCAUCAGAGACAACGAAAGUACGUACGGAGAUUGAGCGACGUGAAGAUAGUUUCCAAGCUGCCAUCACAGAAGUUGGGAAGGAUCAUCCACUGCUGCAGUUGGCCUCACAAUGCCUUCAAAACAACCCUCAAAUUAGGCCAACAGCUUCUGAGAUAAUGAUGCGCCAGGAAAAUGCAAAACUCAGGUCAGAUUUGAAUGAACAUCAACACCAAUCUCAACAAGUUAUCGAUGAGCAUCAAAGAGUUAUGGAUGAACAUCAACGCCAGUCUCAACAAGUCAUUGAUGAACUUACACGCGAUAUUGAGGAUCUCCAGAGCAAACAUGUUCAGGCAGUCAAGAAAAACGAAUCUUUGUUGAAGAAACUGGAGCAACAAGAAGACAAGGUUCACCCUGAAGUUGUGAAUUCUAAAGUCGUAUUGAAUGAAGUUAACUACACACAAAGGACACUGUUUUCACCUCCUAAUCCAAACGAUUUCCCCGAGCCAAUUGUACAGUGCCGAUCUGAACUUGAACGUCUUGGUCUAACUGGAGGUAUCAAUGCUCGCUCUGAACGUGUUGGAUACAAUAAAGAUGUGUAUGACGAUGCUGAAGAUUAUGAUAAAGCAGAAGAUUUGGACGAUCCCAGGGACCAAUGGGACCCAGAAGAUUUUGAUGAUCCCAGGGACCAAUGGGAACCAGAAGAUUUGGACAAUCCCAGGAACCAAUGGGUACCAGAAGAUUUUGACGAUCCCAGGGACCAAUGGGAAUCAGAGAUGGAUCCUGAUGACCAAUGCAGGGCUCAAUAAUUAUGCCAAACCAGCCCCUGAUGAAUGAAUGCCAAGGUGGAUGGAAUAUGGACUCAUAUAGCUAUAUUGUACUAAUCUUGUUGAUGGUGGUGACAUUUGUGAUUGUUGUGGUCGUAUUAUAAUCUCGUGUUUCUUGAUGUAUAUAAUAGUAACUGUAAAUACUGUAUAGGGGGUAAUUUUUGUAUUCAAAGGAGACUUGAAUGAAUUUUCGAUUGUGAAA